ACGCGGAGUGACUGAGUGGAAAAAGAAAAAAGUCUGAGCCGGAGCAAAGAGGGGGGCACACAUAAAAAAACAGUAUUAUUCGUCCCCGAAGCUCCGGAGGAGGAUGACGGACCGCGGCAGGGCUCGAACACGCGACUCGGCAGCAGCGACAGUCGGAGUGAAAUUGUAGCGCGGGUCGCAUUCCUCCGGACCAAACCUCCAAACUUUGAUCUGCGCCAUUCAGACCCGGGCUGCUGGGUUUCCCCCUCCGAGACGCUCCGAGCAACUUCCCCGCUCCAGAAGCACCACGCUCCGCCGCAGACAAGUUUUGUUGUUUUAAUCUUUAAACAAAGAUCGGACUGGAAGUGACCAAAAGCCCGACGGUGAAACUCUAAAGCCGUAAGGAGCGCGGGUUUCGACCGGGGCGGACUCGCUCCAACAAGCCGCGGUGCGGAGAGAACAACACGGAGGAAGGAGGAGCGGGGUCCCGCCGCGGCUAGCUCGGCUAACGGCUACCGUCCAAAGUUACCAGUCGACGGGAAAAGUGGGCGAAGAAGCCGCAACCGACAUGAAAACCCCGGCAGAGGCGGGGUUUGCAUUUCCAGAGUGGGCCUACAAGCCGGAGUCGAGCCCGGGCUCCAGGCAGAUCCAGCUGUGGCACUUCAUCCUGGAGCUGCUGAGGAAACAGGAGUACAACGAUGUCAUCGCCUGGCAGGGAGACUACGGCGAGUUCGUCAUCAAGGACCCGGAUGAGGUGGCCCGGCUGUGGGGGGCCAGGAAGUGCAAACCCCAGAUGAACUACGACAAGCUCAGCCGAGCACUAAGAUAUUACUACAACAAGAGGAUCCUGCACAAAACCAAAGGGAAGAGGUUCACCUACAAGUUCAACUUCAACAAACUGGUGCUGGUGAAUUACCCCUUCAUCGACAUGGGCUCAGGUCGGGGAGUCCCACAGAGCGCCCCCCCUGUGCCGACUGGAGGAACACAUUUCCGGUUCCCCCCCUCCACGCCGUCAGAGGUUCUGUCCUCCAGCGAGGAGCUGCGCAGCCCGGGGGUGUUCGGCACCGUGGGCCGCCGCAUGGCCCGCGGGUCUGUGAGCGACUGCAGCGACGGAACCUCCACCAACUCUGAGCUGGAGGAAGCCCCCGGCACCGAGGAGCGAGCUAUGGGGCCUGACAGAGCCUUCAGGGGCCUCCUCCCUCCCCGCCUCCCUCACGAGUCUCUCUUCAGGCUCUACGGGGGUCCGAACCCAGCAGGGCUCCUCAGACACGCUCCCCGGGUCCACCCGGAGCCUCUGUCUCCAUUCCCCGUCUCCCCCCUGCCUGGUCCUGGAGGUCUGCUGGGCCCGACUCUGUCCCCAGCUUUGUCUAUGACCCCCACCCCCCUCCUGCCCUACAGCCCCUCCCCCUCCCUGUCCUCCCCCAUGAUGGGCUCCCACUUCUCCUUCAACCCGGAGGACAUGAAGCACUACCUGCAGGCCCACACCCAGUCCGUUUACAACUACCACCUGAGCCCGCGGGCCUUUCUCCACUACCCCAACAUCGUGGUCCCGCAGCCCCACCGCCCCACCCUCGAGAAACCCACCGCCCACCACCUCCACGCCCCGCCCCUGCCGCUCCCCCACUCUCUAAACCAGCAGCCGGGAGGCGGCGAGGACUCUCACCUGUCGUCGUUCAAGUUCAAGCUGCAGCCGCCGCCGCUCGGACGCAAACAGAGGGAGUCGGGAAGCUCGCCGGCUUCCUCCUCCUCCUCCAUCCAGCCCCCGUCGUUCGCAGGUUCUGGUCUGAUGCCCGGUUCUGUCCCGGGAGGAGCGCCUCCCAAGAUCAAGGUGGAGCCCGUUUCAGACAUGUCUGAGGAGGACGUGGAGGUGACGGACAUCAGCGAGGAAGACGAGUUCAACCAGGAUGAUGAAGGUGGGAUCUUCAGCAGCCGUCAUCAUCAUCAUCAGCUGAACCACCUCCGGGCGAACGGAAACACCAGCAGCCCCUUCGCUGCCCCACACAUCAACCCCGAGGAUGAUCCUGACGAUGAUGAAGAGGUCUUCAAGACGCCCGCCACUCCUCCCCCUGGCGGCGGCGGCGGCCCGCCCGUUCCUCUGAAGGCCGAGCUGGGCCCGGCGGCGCCGGUCAGCCCCGGGGGCACGCGCUGCAUCCCGCUCAAACUCCGCUUCAAACGCCGCUGGAGCGAAGACCAGAAGAUGGAGGCGGACGGAGAGAGGGACGAGGCGGAGGACAAGAAAGUCCGGGCCGAGGGAGAGGAAGAGGAGGAGGUGGGAGGAAGAGCAGGGGAGGUGCAGAACGGAGGAGGAAGAGGAGUUAUCCUGGGUCUGCAGCUGCCGCCAGCGCCCGCUCAGCGCCGAGCGAGCUCAGAGCUGCAGAAGGCCACGGCUCAGCUGUCGCUGGAAAACGCCGGCUGCUGAGCUCCACACACACACACACACACACACACACACACACACACACACACACACACACACACACACACACAG